GGCACUUUUGUCUUUUUUCGUGGUGAACGUGUUAUAGGACAUUUUCGACAUCUUCAAUUGAUUUGCAAACGUAUAUUCAUAAUAAUUUAAGAAAAUAAGCUAAUAAAUUAUGAGUGAUUUUCACGGCGGAGAUACAGAAAAUAACUUUAGAGGAAACCAUCACGAUUCGAACGGAGACACCAACAUGGGAACACCGUCCGGAAAUGAUGAACGAGCUUGUGAUGGUUAUGAAAAAACUGAAAGUGCUGGUGACAGACAUAGACGCUCUUCGCGUUCUAGAUCAAAGGAUAAAGACAGGGAUCGUAAUCGAAGAAAAAAAGACCGUUCAAGAGACCGGGAUCGCGAAAAAGAUAAAGACAGAGAUAGAGAGCGCGGUCGCGAUCGUGACUACAGAAAAGCAAGUCGUGAUCGUGACCGUUCCAGUCGCGAUCGGGAUCGGGAUCGUGCUAGUCGCGAUCGUACAAGUCGAGAUCGCGAUCACAGAAGACGUGACCGAGAUCGUGAUUCACGAGCACGUCGAAGUCGUUCUCGCACAUACGAUGACUAUGAUGCUCGCCGUGGUAGUAGCCGUCGUGAUCGCAGCCGUGAUCGUCGUCGCGACCGAGAUCGGGAACGUUCGCGAAGUCGUAGUUAUGAUAGACGCAAGUCACGUACAAGUCGCGAACGUAGCAGCCGUAGAAGUCGCGACAGAAGUGUGUCCAGAGAACGUUCUGAACGUAUGCAUUUGGAAUCCAUCAAAGAGGAGGUUUCCAGAGAUAGUCGUUUCGAUCUGACACAGACCAUACAAGAACUUAUGAGCAGCACAACAAAUGCUAAGAACUUUGCAGCAUUGUUCUCUUGCAAUAACAGCAAUGAUUCAACGUCAAAUGGUCCAACGGACUGCAAUAGUCAAGAGAGUGAAAGAAAACGUCGCAAAAAAUCGCGCUGGGGAGGCACUGAAAAUGAUAAGACUUUUAUACCCGGUAUGCCGACUAUUCUGCCACCAACAUUGGAUCCUAAACAACAGGAAGCUUAUCUAGUUCAACUUCAAAUAGAGGAAAUAAGCCGUAAGCUGCGUACUGGCGAUUUGGGCAUACCACAAAAUCCAGAAGAAAGGUCUCCUUCGCCGGAACCAAUUUAUAGCUCUGAUGGCAAACGUUUGAAUACCAGAGAAUUCCGUUAUCGCAAGAAAUUGGAAGAUCAGAGACACCAAUUGAUACAGAAAAUGCAAACGGUUAAUCCAGAUUUUAAACCGCCAGCUGAUUACAAGCCCCCAGUUACAAGGGUCAUUGAUAAAGUGUUGAUACCACAGGAACAACAUCCUGAUAUUAACUUUGUGGGACUUUUGAUUGGACCGCGUGGUAAUACUUUGAAGGCCAUAGAAAAAGAAACGGGAGCCAAAAUUAUUAUACGAGGAAAAGGUUCGGUUAAAGAGGGAAAAGUUGGACGUAAAGAUGGCCAACCUAUGGCUGGGGAAGAUGAACCACUGCAUGCUUUUAUAACUGCAUCAAAUCCUGAGGCUGUCAAAAAGGCCGUGGAUAAAAUCAAAGAUAUCAUACGCCAGGGCAUUGAGGUACCCGAGGGCCAUAAUGAUUUACGUCGCAUGCAAUUGCGCGAAUUGGCCCAAUUGAAUGGUACUCUACGAGAAACCGAUUGUCCCCGUUGUACUAAUUGUGGCUCAACGGAACACAAAUCUUGGCUUUGUCCAGAUAAACCCAAUGUUACAAACAGCAUUGUUUGUACUUCUUGUGGAGGAGCUGGUCACAUCUCUAAAGAUUGUCGUAGUAAACGUCCCGGUGCCGGUGUACCUGGAGAGGAGAAUGAAAAUUCUCAAGCUAAAAUUGAUGAGGAAUACUUGAGUUUAAUGGCUGAGCUAGGUGAGGGACCACCACCAUCUGCAGCUCCGAAAAAUCAACCUGAUCCAUUGGCCCAGGUACAUAUUAAUCGUGGUUAUAGCAUAUUCGAUAAGAAACCAACCACAAUGCAAGCCAUACAGAGUGCACCACCACCGCAUAAUGCUGUGGCUCCACCACCACCCAUUCCAUCAGCAUGGGGAACUGCAAACCCUCCACCCGUGGCAAUGCCACCGUUGAUUCCGCCACCACCUACUACCCAACCGCCAACACCGGCGGCUCCACCACUUUUGCCAUGGAUGAGUGCACCACAGCCGCCACCACCAGGUGGAGACCCACCACCACCGCCAGGUACUGGACCAUUGCAACCACCCGGCACAGGACCUAUGCCACCAUUAUUGCCGCCACCACCAGGAACCGGCUUGCCACCAUGGCAGGCACCACCGGGUAUUUUACCGCCACCAGGUUUUCCGGCAUGGGGAGCCGGUGCUCCCGGAGCAUAUGCUCCACCACCGCCUCCACCAUGUGCACCACCGCCACCAGGCAUUGGUACUUUAGCACAACCUCCACCACCACCACCACCAUCAUAGACGCGUCAACCUCAAUUUAGUUUGUCAAUUGUCGAGUAACUUUAAAAGUGCUACAAUCAAAUUAUAACUAAUAUAUUCUUGUCAAAAUAAUUACCAUAACUAUUUCACACAUGCAACCUAUCUAAUGUGGAAAACACUAUACAAUCUAUGUUGUAUAAAAUUAUUUUAAAAAUUUUACUUAAUUUUCAUUUAGUAGACCCUAUAGAAAGUGAAAUUUCUAUAAAAUAUCCUUCAUAUAUCUAAUUUAAACUCACUCCUAGUGUAGAGUAAAAUAAGCGUGAUACCACUGAACAGCAUUAUAUUAUCUUUGCCAUUCAAAACAAUCAAAAUUUCGAUAUGUUUGUCAAACAACCGGAAUUUAAAACCAAAAUUAAUUUUUUUGCUGUUUGAUGUCUAUCUAUUUGACUUUGAUAUCUCAAUUGUAAUCUAACAUUAUGAUCUAAAUAACAUGAUUUCAAUAAACCAUAGUGACGUUAAAA